UUGAGCAGCGUCUGAAUGACAUUGCUGGAACAUAAACAAACACGCCAUGGCAGAGCUCCCUCCCAGCAGGCAAGAGAAGUCUCUGGGCUUGCUGACCUCCAAGUUCGUAUCCCUGCUGCAAGAAGCCGAGGAUGGCGUGCUGGACAUCAAGUCGGCUGCCGAUCAGUUGGCUGUACGGCAGAAGAGAAGAAUAUAUGACAUCACUAAUGUAUUAGAAGGUAUUGGUUUGAUUGAAAAGAAGAGUAAAAAUUCCAUAGUAUGGAAAGGAGGAGGGCCAGGCUCCAACACCCAGGAGUUCACUGACCGUGCCUCCAUGUUGAAGGAGGAGAUCUCAGAACUGGACCAACAUGAGAAGAUGCUGGACCAGCACCGACAGUAUGUGCAGCAGAGUAUAAAAAACAUAACAGAAGACUUAAGCAAUUUCAAGAUGGCAUAUGUCAACCAUGAAGACAUUUGCAAUUGCUUCCAAGGUGAUACACUCCUGGCAAUUCAGGCCCCUUCAGGGACACAACUGGAGGUUCCUGUCCCUCAGAUGGUCAAUGGAGACAAAAAGUACCAGAUCCACCUCAAGUCUGAGAGUGGCCCAAUUUAUGUGCUGCUAGUCAACCAAGAACAAGAACACACUCAACCUCUGGUUGUGCAGGUUCCUCCUCCAGCUGGCAUCAUGAAGUCUGAACCUGAAAGAAAGGGUAUCAAGAGGCCAGCUUCUCCUCCUGUUCAGCCCUCACCUCCUCGUCCUGAUACCACCACCCCACAGAAAGGCAUCACAGCUCACACCCCUACAGUCUCUAGUCCCUCACACCCUGAGAGUGGUGAUGUAGCUGAAACAGCCCCAGUCUCUAGAAGAGUGCCACGCAAGGCCUCAGCAGGUGUGAGCAGUGUGACAGAGGCGCUGGCACCGAGGAGAGCACGCAAGAGGCAAGAAGCAGCGGCAGCAGCUGCAGCGGCGGCGGCAGCUAAGUCAUCAUCAUUAUCAUCAUCAUCAUCAUGUAAGUGUAGACACCAGAGGGGGUGGCUGCGGCAGAAGUAUACCAUGCUGUCAACUACUGGAGAGAGUUCAGUAGAUGAGUUAAUUUCUGCAGAAGUCUUUGCACCAUUGUUGCGACUGAGUCCUCCCCCAUCUGAGCGAGAUUACAUGUUCAACUUGGAUGACACAGAGGGUGUGUGUGACUUCUUUGAUGUUCCUAUCCUCAGUUCACUCAGUGCUGAUCUACAGUGAACAGUGAUGGAAAAGAAAAGUGUUGCAGAACAGUGUAUUUCUGUAUCCCCAAAUAAUGAGUAAUUUCUAGAAUGUACUUCAGUUUGGGCAAUAUGGAGGUUAUUGUUGUGAAAUGUAUUUGAUUCAAAUGUUUGCUUGAAUGAUCCUCUGGUGUGAGAAAUGAAGCUACUCUUGGAUUUAAACAGCAAGUUAGGGUAGAGAUGCACUUAUUAAAAUUUGGUUUCCUAUAGAUUAGGAUAAAUUUUUGUCAUAAGGAAGUUUUGAUUUGCUUGUAAUAUAGGAAACAAAAGCUAAUCUCAUUUACACUUGUUAGCACUCUGUAAAUAUUCGGCAUUUUCUGUCAUGAUACUGACACGUUUAGCUGGGAUAGCUAUGUAAGAUAAUUCAUGCAUUCCAUAAGUGAAUAAUUUUUCAUCACACCAGUUAUGUAUUGGCUGGACCAAAGACAGUAAUUGUAGUGUAUAGUGAUUAUUCUACAGCUGUAAUAUUAUUGUUUGCAGUACUUUGAAUUAAUAGUGCCUCAGCCCUCACAAAAAAUGACUGAAACUGAAGCAUACCAGUAAAUUUUGGUAAAGGUGAUCUCUUUCUUGAAAUGAUCACCUGAAAGUGUACCAAUAUUUUUGAGUUCUGAUAGGUGCUACGUACAUACUUUUUCAUUACUCAGGUGUGGGCAGAGACUGUUAAUUGUUAUCUGUGCCCUCACUGAAAGGAGAUGGAGACUACACUUAGUUACUGAAACAAUAAGGACUUAAUGCAUAUCUAGAUAUGUUUUGUUAUAGAAAAAAAUAAAGUGCAUUCAAGUCUUAUACAUGUCCCAUAUGCCACUGUCAAGUAUCCAGCCUAGUUCAAGCUUAACAUGUAGUGUGAGGGGUGAGGGAUUACUGCACAGCCAAGGUUUUAACACCGCCAUCAGCUUUACAUUGCUGCUUUGUUUGCUGGGUAAUGUGGUGUUCAGGCAUUGGAGGAAGUAAUGGGUGUUAGUCAUAAGUUAUGAGUUGUGUUUGAGGUCAGGCAGGAAUAACCAUUUACAUGUACUGUUGGUGGUGAUGGUGUGUGGAAGAGGACUUGAAUGCACCUUCAAAUCCAUAAUUUAUAUGGAGAAUUGGAGGAGACAAAUUUUUUCUAAAGUUAAGAAAAAUUGAGGGAGUGACCAUAUUUGUGAACAAUUUUGUCAUAGUGAACUCAGGUCAUUGAUGGAAGUAACUGAUGAGUGUUAUGUUAUCUGUGGUCAGUGGAGCACAUAGUAUUGUGGAUGCAAGUAAUAUUCCUGCGUGUGAACAAAGAUAUACACGCUUUAGACAUAUAUUUUUGAAAUAAUUUUGAAUUAAAAAUUGAAAGUUUA